AUGAGAUCGGCGCCAGGACCCCAGCCGUCGAAGAGCAAUCCCUGGGAUCUGGCAAGAGGCCAGCAGGGCGCGGGAGUAAGGCGUCAGGAGGAUGCCGAUGAGACGGACUCGCUGAUGUUGGCAAAGGAGGCCGACGGCGAGGAGUUGGCGGAGGAUGAUCCCAUGGACGAGGAAGAAGAUCACUCGCCGGGUGACAUGCGCAAGGCAGGCGAGAGGCGUCGUGGAGAAAAACGUGAAGAAUGCGGAGAGGCGACGGGAUUAAAUCGCUCGACAGACGAAGUGUGUGGGAGUGGCGCAAGGCGACGCGGGAGCACGGAGGCAGAUGGCGCGACCGACGAAAUGGGUGGGGGCGGCGCGAAACGCCAGGGGAACCGCGCGGAUGCAGAUCGCGCGCCAGAGGAGGUGCGCGGGAGUGAAGCGAGGCGCAGCAGGAGCAAAGCAGCUGAGCCCUGGUCAAGGGAGCGAGGGGAGGAGGAGAAGAGGCGUGCUGCACCAGCAGGAGUGUAUCGUUCGCCCGAGCCAGGACAAGGCCGUGCGGGCAGGAGGCGUAUGGCGAUGGGAGAAGGGAGAUCGCUGGAAUGGUCAGAAGAGGAGGAGGACGAGGAUUACGAAGGAAAGCGCGUUCAGCACUCGCCAGCAAGGAGGCGGCGGCCAGCGGAGAAGGCGCGAGGCAGGGGUAGCAUACGAUCGCCACCCAGCGCCUCAAGGGAACAGGCGGGAGCGCGCCGUGAGAAAGCAGAAGAACACCUGUGGGCAGAGAGAAGGGCUGCAAAGGAAACAAGCGAAGAAGCAAGAAGGUGGCCCGAGAGAGAGAGCCGUGAGAGGAGGGGCGAAGGAGAGCGAUACCAAGGGGGUGAAGAGGCAGGAAGAAAAGGGGAAACGGGGAAACGGGAUCAGGAACGCCGAGGCUGGGAAGAGUGUGGAGAUUAUGAGGAAAGAGACAGGUGGGACUCACCGGAAAGAGGAAGGGAGUGGAGGCGCGAGGAGGACUGGCGAGGCAAGAGAGAAGGUGUGCGGACACCAGAAGUCUCGAGGGCAGCAGAGAAGGAGCGACAGCGAGAGGACAGAGUGCGGCAGUACCAGGAGCUGUCCCCUGCAAGGGGAGAGAAGCGUCGGGAAGAUGCAGAGAGGCGCAGGGGGGAGCGAGAAGAUGCGCGAGGGAGGAGCCCUAGCCCGAUGGGCCCGAGGAGGCCGGGGCGUCACGGCGCGGGGUUGUAUGCAAGUGAGGAAGAAGAGAAGGAGGAAGGGGAGCAGGAGCCAGAAUAUUCCUGUGCGGUGCUGUGUCGCAGUGAAGCCGUGGGGCUGCGCAGUGGGGGCAGGGACAGAGGAAAGGAGCGAGCCACGAAGGUGAGGGCAUGGGCAGUGGCAGAAGGGGAACAGAAGGACGAGAAAGAGGAGGCGGAAGUGUGUGAAUUAGUAGCAGCAGACACUGAAGGUAAGGAUGAGAAGGUGAGGGCAUGGGCAGCAGCAGAAGGGGAAGAGAAGGACGAGAAGGUGAGGGCAUGGGCAGUGGCAGAAGGGGAAGAGAAGGGCGAGGAGAAGGAGGCAGGAGUGUGCGAAUUAGUAGCAGCAGACACUGAAGGGAAGGAUGAGAAGGUGAGGAAAUGGGCAGCAACAGAAGGGGAAGGGAAGAAUGAGAGAGAGGGGACCUGGGCGUGCGUACCAGUAGCAGCGGAAGCAGAGGAGAAGGACGAGCAGGUGGGGGCAGGAGUGGGUGUAAUGGCAGCAGUAGAAGUAGAGGAGAGGGACGAAGAGGCGGGGGCAAGGGCGUGUGUACCAGCAGCAGAAGAAGCGGAAGGGAAGGGCGAGAAGGAGGGAGCGGUGAAGAAAGGAGGGAAGACGGGGCUGAGCAGUACAGACAUGGGAGGGAAUGGUUGGCAGCCAUCGCUGAAGACAGCAGAGUUGUUCGGGGAAAUCGGGGCAGGGGCGAAGACUGGUAAAAAAGGUACAAGGGCGAAGGAUUGGAUGCAAGCGCAGGGAAACAAGCUGGCGGAGCGGCAUGUGAGGAAGCUGCGGGGAGGAAGGCCAGAGCUGCUGGGGGAAGCAGAGCGGGAGAGUAAGGAAGUGGGGGCAUGGGAGCCCCUAGCAACAGGGGAAAAGCGAGUGUUAUUCAAUCUGCAUGUGGGGUAG